AUGACGGUGCCGGAUUCUGCGUUUUCUUCAAAUUUUCAACACAAGCUGCUUACUGUUUACACAGAUUCUGCACCAAAUUCCUUGUCAGAUUUGAAUUGGCAUAAUUUACCAAAUGCUGUUGUUGAUUUCGAACAUGAAGGCGCAAGUAACUGGACUUCUAGUUCUGAAACUGUUGGCAAUUCAUUUGUUACCUUUGAAGUUUCUGAGACUGAAACUUGCGCGAGCAACUUAUCUGAUGAUUUUCAUAUGCUUACAGAAUAUCCGUUACAGAAUGAAGUUUACAUACCAAUAAGUUUUCCCAAUUCGUCUACUUCUUACACAGACCAAAAUAAUAUCAAUAGCUAUGGAGAUUGUGUACCACAAACUUUAGUGUGGCCAUCUGAAGAGGCUAUACACGUUUCAGGUAGUAUUAUGCCCGAAGUAAUUAACGAGUCAAAUUUCCUACCGAAUCUUCAUAUAGAUUUUGAAGAAGGUAGUACCUUCGAAAAGGAUGCAUAUAUUCCUGUUCCAGCUUGCUCGGAUGUCCCUAAAACUCCGCAGCUUGCCUAUAGACCGGAGCACGAAAAUUCUACUGUAUCUAAUGUACAGCCAUCAUUUGAGUAUCCACAGGAAGUGCUUGUAGACAAUGUGGCUCAGAGCUUUGCAUCGCAACUGGAAGUAAACCCAGAUUUAACACGUACAAAUGAUUGUAACGGGGAACCCAAGAAUGGCAUGUUGACCUGGCACGAUUCGUCCACUGAAAACUAUCCAGAUUUUUAUGUGGACUCAUCUGUAUGUAUUCAUACUGUACAGGCGUAUGAUACUAAUGGACAAAGUUAUACUGGUGGAUACAGCGUUUGUCCGGCUCAGAUAGAUUCUUAUGAAAUAGUCGGUCAGACUACCGAGUGCUCAAACUACGAUUUUGUUCCAAUAAAUCCUCACGGUUAUAGUUGCUACAACCCUUCUGAAGCAACUUAUUACAAGUCCUUCCCUGAAGGGUUAAGUAAUGCUGUAGUUUAUUCAGAAUGCCCACCUAUUUUAGAAAAUCAGAACCCUGAGUGUUAUGGAGAUGCUACUAUAUUCGUCUCGAACUUUCCGAACUCGCUAAUUGCGCAAGAUAACACACAGGUUGCUGCCUAUUUAAUACCCGAAAAUGCUCAUGAUUCAUGUUUGAAGCAAGCUGAUGUUUACUCAGCUCCUGUCGUACAUGUUCCUUUUUCUACGAAUUAUGAAAUCAAAGAUGUGGGUAGUUUUCGUUGUACAGACUCUAUGCAAUGUACCCAAGCACUUGAUUUGCCUCUAGCAAGUAUUAUAACUGACGGAGAGCAGCAGUUACACACUGUUUCUGAUGUGUAUUCACCAACUGUGGUAUACGCGUGUAAUAAUACGGGCCAUGAAGCACUGCCUCAUGAUGCAGAAUAUCAAAAUGCUGAAAAUGUAUCCAAUAACUGCAUACCUGUGGAUACGCCUGUCAUUCAGCCAAAAGAUAACAAAAUAUCCGAAAAGUUAAAAUGGAAUUGUAGCCACUGUCCAUUAGCUUUCCAGCGUCAAAGCCAUUUGGUAGAACACUUGCGUACUCACACUGGUGAACGUCCCUUCAAAUGUGUACUCUGUGGACGUAAAUUUACUCAAGCUUCAAACCUUCGUCGACAUCUUUCAAGUCACAAGGCUUGGCCUCCAGCAUCUUCGUGUACAGUUUCUCUCAUAUCCAAAACAUCUCACAAUUCACAGGUGACUAACAAUCCGUCUGCGCCACGCGCACUACCUCAUAAAGUAUGGAUUUGUCGAUUUUGUGACCAGCGAUUCGAUUCAUACCUGCAACUUCGUGUGCACAUGGUACAUCAUAAAGAUAAACAGGUAUACUCGUGUGUAUUUAAUGGAUGCGAAUCAUCCUUUGCAUCACCAAAUAAUUUGUUAAAUCAUUUAGUAGAAAAACAUCAAUUCUACAAAGAAGACGGACUUUCAUGUGAAACUUGCGGUCAAAAAUACUCAGACUUUGGACAUCUUGUUCGACAUUUGUUACCUCGACGCAAUGGAUCAAACUCUGGUUGUCCUACACUCUCUUUUCAUCCAAAACGGAAAAAGCGGAAAUUGCGACUAACUCAACCUAAAUCUACUUGGCAAUAUACAACUACUCAUUCACAAAAUGAAGAGCUGACCUCGAAACUAUCAACUGAAUGUUCGCGUAGUGUUAAUGUUAUGGACUCAAAAUUCAAUCUGUUGCCUUUACAAGCUCUUAAAACGAGUGACUCGAGCUUUGGAUACAAGUGUCCAUUUUGUAUCAUAAUUUGCCAAAGUCUUAAACAUUUACGAGUCCAUUUAUCUCGAAAACAUUCUAGCCUGUUCAAUGUAACAACAGACUCAAAGUCUUCAUUGUCAAAAAGCACAAAUGAUGAAAUCUGCAGUAGUAGUAGUCAGAUCUCUUCUUUUUCUUCUUCAUCAACAUCAUCAUCGCAUAAUGUAGAUCAAUCCAAUUCUAAUUCAUCUGUGUCCAGUUCACGUGAAACAGCUUUAUUCCUGCUUCAGUUAGAAAAAUGUCUAUUAUCUAAAGACGACCAACAAACAUUUAGUAAAAAUAGACCGCCAAAAGUUUUUGUCUGUAAAUUCUGUGGUAAACACUUUCAAAAACCGAAAUUUUUUAAUGAUCAUGAAUUGAUGUGUCAACAGUCAAUUGAAGAACGAGCCCGUCGAAAUCGUUUGAGAGCGAAUAAACGUGAAAAGUUUAUUGUUACACAAGAAACAGUUGUUGUCAAUACUAAUAAUCCAUCCAAUACAGAAGCUGUAUCAUCAAAUAACGAGUUAAUCUCUUCCGAUCAGUCAGAUGCUUCUUUGAGACGUUCCACACGAAACAGAACAUUCCAGGCAUAUUGGAAACCGAAAUCAACUCGUCGAAAACCGAAAGUUCAAUUUGCAUUUAUUUAUUUUCACUUUUUCCGCUUGAAGGCAUCUAGUCUGAAUUCUCAGCUGCCACGUUUAAGUGUACAAGCAAGUUCAGCACUUCAAUUCGAUAUUUUACAUGAAUGUGCACAGACUCGAGCACGACGCUGUCAGCUGUGGUUACCACACUGUCCAAAUGGUCCAGUUGAAACACCGGUUUUUAUGCCAGUUGGUACUCAAGGUUCUAUGAAAGGCAUAACAGUGGAACAAUUGCAAAAACUUGACUGUCGCAUUCUACUUGGAAAUACAUACCACUUAGGUCAUCGGCCAGGACCAGAAAUCCUCAGGAAGGCUGGUGGACUGCAUAAAUUUAUGUCUUGGCCGCGUGCUAUUCUCACUGACUCGGGAGGUUUCCAAAUGGUCUCUUUAAAUAGCCUGUCUAAAGUCACUGAAGAUGGAGUUCUGUUCACCUCACCGCAUAAUGGGACUGAAAUGCUUCUAACUCCAGAGGAAUCUGUUGGAAAUCUUCAAAAUGCGCUGGGCUCAGAUAUUGUCAUGCAGUUGGAUCAUGUUGUACACGUGUUAACUGAUAAGGAGACAAUGAAGGAGGCAAUGGAGAGAUCGAUACGUUGGUUAGACAGAUGUAUUGAUGCUCAUCAAAAUCAACAAGAUAAGCAAAAUCUGUUUGCGAUCACUCAAGGUGGUUUAGAUCCAUCAAUGAGGAUUUACUGUAUCAAUGAAAUGUUGAAGCGUAAAGAUAAGAUAGCUGGAUACGCUAUUGGUGGUCUUAGUGGUGGUGAGGCAAAAGAUGAUUUCUGGCGUAUUGUCAAACUUUCCACAGAACACUUACCUCGAGAUCGUCCACGUUAUGUAAUGGGAGUGGGAUUCCCCGUUGACCUAGUUGUUUGUAUAGCAUUGGGUUGUGAUAUGUUUGAUUGUGUUUAUCCUACGCGAACUGGUCGAUUCGGUAAUGCACUGGUACCCUGGGGCCAACUGAAUCUUCGUCAUGCUGUAUACGCUUCAGAUUUUCGUCCUAUCGAUGAAAAUUGUCCUUGUCCAACAUGUACACGUCCGCUGUCUCGAGCAUGGAUACACUCAGCCUUAUCAGGUCGACAAGUCAAUGCUUCAGCUGUUGUCAGCUUGCAUAAUUUAGCUUAUAUGCUUGGUUUGAUGAAAAAGUGCAGAGAAGCUAUAAGUGAAAACACUUUUCCACAAUUUGUUCGUUCAUUUUUUGAACGUCGGUGUUAUAUGGCCAGAGGAGAUCAAAAUCCAAGUGAAUAUGAAGGUUGUCGUCCACCGUCCUGGGCAUGUGAUGCUCUUCAAAGUGUUAACAUAGAUAUAUCAGAUAUCGGGCAGAGUAUGAAUGGCUUUCAUAAUUCACUUAAUAGUGAUAAUGAAGAAUUAAAAUCCAAACGAUCUCGGAACAGUUCUGUAAAUUGUGAAGUAGAUUGAGACUGUUAUUUGUAAAUAUAAAUAUUUUUUUAUGAAUACUGAUCUCUCUUACUAUACGCUUUAACAAAUCGGUUUGUUUGGUGAAUGCUAACGUUGUUAAGUUUUGAAGGGUUGGUCUCUUGGUUUCAUUGUGAAUGUAGUCAGGGAUCAUAGUUCAGAGAUUGUCAGACUACCAGUAGUUAUGCAUAGUAUCACUGAAAUACUCGGUCAACAGUUUAAAUAUGUUACAAAAAUAAAUAAACUGAAGUUUACAAACUAUUGAAUCCAUAUUCCAGUGGCGAAAUGAAUGACGUUCGGCUGGGAACCUUGCAUUUCAUCCUGUGUUGUAUUACUACCGAAAAUAAUCGUAAACUGAGGGGCCAUUCCUUGUAUUGAUUGUUCCCAUAGGUUCCGAGUGAAACAUGUAGUUUUAGCCAUUUCACUCUGCUCUCCUGUAUCUUUUUAUUUGGUUGCAUAAUUGUCCGUAAGCACCUUCAUUUCCUACUUACACACCCUUAAAUGCUCAAGUCGAAGGUCUUGUGCGCGAUGUCACUUAGCAGUCUCCUCAGAAAGCAUCCAUCUCCAUUUUCCUCGGAAUAUUUGUUGAUUGCGCAAUAGGUUCUUAGUUGGUUUGUUCCCAGCCAGUUUCUUGUUGCUAAUUCUUUUUAGCCAGCCAUCUAGUCUUCACUGUGGAAUCGAAGAAGCAAGGUGUUGUUGAUAAAAGUGUGUAAUCUGUUGGCAAUGUGCGAUGUGCCAAGUCAUUUGACCCCUAUAGAAGAAAUGACUUGACUGUAGUGUGUUAAAAAUCCGAAUUUUGUUGUUUAUGCUGGGGAGUGCAGAAGAUUUCCAAACUGAUUUCAGAGUGAUGAAGGUCGUCUACCUUGCUGGCUUUAACAUUUUCAUCCGUUCUGUCUAUAGCUGAGACGAUGCUUUCUAGCCGGAUAAGUUAAGGAAGUGACCUCUUUCAAAUUUCUCCAGUUAGUGAUGAUGAUGAUUGUUGUUUUGGGAUGGUUAUCUUCUUCACCUCCGUCUUCUCUAUGUUCACCUGAAGUUCUGUCUGAGAUUUUAUCGAAUUUUUAUUCAAGUUUGUGUUUCAAAACAUAAACUGUCCGUGAAGUUCAGAUCUUCUGGGGACCUUUGGUCGGUCCAGUGUGUAUUCCCGUCUUCUCACUCAAAAAUCUACUGUAUGACCCAGUGAACCACGAUCAGGAAGACCGUCGGCAAUAGAAAGUAACCUUGUCUCAUUCCUGUAUUUAGAUGGGUGGGUUAUCCGUUGUUGAUUACUUGAGAUCAUCAUAUAACUGUUGAAUGUGCUUUUUAAACAUUUGCGUUAAUACACUCCGUAGUGUUGAAAAACCUACCAAAUUACUUCACGGUCGACGCCAACGGAAUGUCUUCUCAAGGUUGAUUCUAUGCCCUGUUCGAUGAUGAUGCAAAGCGUCGAAAUUUAGUCCGCAUGUGAUUUGCUUUCCCUGAAUCCACCUCUUUUUCUGGUGACUGUUUGC